CUUGUUCAUAUAAAUAGAUUGGAUAGAGUUCCUUCUCAACUUAAAUUAACUUGCAUACUGGAAAUUGUGGCCCAAUAAGGAAAUUCUUUCAGUGUUAAUAAGUGUCUAGUUCCUCCAUUGAUAUUUCCAAAAAUAAAUGAGUCCUUUGGUAAUUCUGUAUUGACAUGCUAAUCCAUGCUCUUCCUUAUUGCAGGUUAAGUCCAUGCCAGGACUGCGUUUUUUAUGAUGUGUGUGGGUUUGUGUGUGCGGAUACACCUCCGGCAAUUUCAUUUACACCUACUCUUAUGUUAGAGCUAAACUUAUGUUGAGCAAUACAGUAUGUGAGACGGUUUUCAUUUCUCUUUCUCUCAUGGAAUGUGUAGUGGAUAAAUUUGAUGACAGUAGGCGUAGAGAGCUUGGCAGGAAGUUUGGCAGGGGUUUGGUUAACUGACUGAAAUGAAGGCAGCACUCUUUCUCUCUCUUUCUCUUUCUUUCUACUUUCUCACUCUCGCGCACUUUCUCUUUUUGUUCCUCGCUUCACUUUGUAACAAGGCGAACUCGAGGACUAAGUCAUUAAUGGGCUGAAAACACAAUAGCUUGUGUAUAUGUCAGUCCCACUGAACCUGUGGAUAAUGCCUGCAGUGGGUGCUGCUCCACUUCGAGUGGAGGGUCAGAGGCUUUCAUGGGUCGUAGUGAUUGCGAGCGUGGUGGCGAUCACCGCAUCCUCGCUAUCGGCUCUGUCCCUGUACCAUGUGCUGGCUCUGCAGGCAGAGGUGGAAGUGCUGAGGAGCGAGGUGAGCCGCAGGAGAGAAGGGUGCAAGGACACACCCGGGGAAAGUGUAAGAGGACCUCAACCUCAACAACACCAACAUGAGGAUGAUGGGAACAAAGCGCUGGUGAGGAACAGUGUGGUGCCUCCUAAAAUGCACAUGAAUGCUUCUGGAAAGCAGCAGGUGCGGUUCGUUUUGAGGAAGAGAAGUCUGCAAAGUGAGUCUGAACAAUCAGUGUUUCAGCCAUUCCUGCAGAUGAUGGGAGACAGCAAGAGGAAGAUCUUUCAAAAAGAGUUUGCACUAGAGAAACAUACUGGCAUUCCAUGGCAAGUCAGUCUAAAGCGAGGCGAGGCUCUUGAGGAAGAUCAGGAUGGCAUAGUGGUCAAAGAGGAGGGCUACUACUUCAUUUACAGUCAGGUUUAUUACCAAGACCCCACUUAUGCAAUGGGCCACAUAGUUAUACGCAUGAAAAAGCAUGUGGUUGGGGAUGAAAGUCAGCAUGUCGUUCUGUUCCGAUGCAUCCAAACCAUGAAUGUUAAGGUUCCCUAUAACACUUGCUACACUGGAGGAAUAGUAAAGCUUGACAUUGGCGACAGAGUGGAGCUGCUCAUACCCCGCCCCACAGCAAAUAUCUCUCUGGAUGGAGACUGCACCUACUUAGGGGUCAUCAAACUGGCCUGAUUUAACUCAGAGAGAUGCAAGCUGUAGAUAUGAGACACCAGGUUAUAUGGCUUUGGGGAAUUUCAGUGCAUUGGUUUUAAAGCACUUUCUUUAACUGUCUUGUACCGGUGGUCAUUUUGCACAGCUUAGUGUAUUGUGUCUGAAUGGUUCCCUUUAAUAUACAUGCGUGCUAUCCAGAGUCUUUUCCCACUUUACCUGCGGUGCUCCUAGGAUGUGCUCCGGACUCUGCAUAAUGUGCGUACUGAAUAUACCUUUUUUAUUGUGACUGGGAGAUGUAGACCCAGUCUGCCUGUGGAACUUGAAAACUAAAAUAAGCGUUAUAAUAACUUCAUGUUUAGAGCUUUGUUUAAACCUACAAAGAUUUGGCUGUAAAAAAUUGACCUUUAACAAGUUUUAAACAUUUUCUUUUCUUACAAAUUUAUACAUAAAUCACCAUCUGCUUCUGUC